GAUGCGAAUAGCAUCGGCCAUAAAAAUACAGCCUCAAAAAAAGACAAAACUUUUUUAUUUUAACGGGCAGAAAGAUCUCUUGUACGGAGAAAAACAAAAUCUGAUUUUUAACGCUGGUGUACAGGGUUUAAAAAGAAAUUUCGUCAUGCUUGGGUUAAUAAGUCGGAGGUUUUUUCAUGCAAGUUGUGCAAAUAUGUCAUCUGUUAAGAGUUCAGCUUUAAGUAAACUGCGAAAAUCUACUGGCUACUCCAUAUCAAAUUGCAGGAAAGCUCUGGAACUUUUCAGUGAUGAUAUUUCUAAGGCUGAGGAAUGGUUGCAUGCUGAAGCUAAACAGAAAGGCUGGUCCAAAUGGGCCAAAAUGCAAAGUAGAUCUGCUGGACAAGGUCUCAUUGGUGUAUUCGCUAGAAAUUCAGUAGGCGUUAUGGUAGAAGUAAACUGUGAAACAGAUUUUGUAGCUCGAAAUGCAGAAUUCCAGCUAUUUGUUGAAAAUGUGUUAUCUGGAUGUAUAAAUCACAUUACUGCUUAUACUUCAGAUAAAGACAUCACAAAGGCAGUGUUAAAUGAGAUGCAACUUAAUGAAUUAAAAUACCAUUCUGGAACAGUUGGUGAACUAGUUGCUUCUGCAAUCAACAAGUUUAAUGAAAAGACGGUAACAAAACGUGCUGUCUGCUUUAAAGUGAAAGAUAAUAUAUAUUUAAGCAGUCUUUCACAUCCUAGUACUGCUUGCCCUAAUAUACCUGGGGCAACCUUAGGAAAAUAUGGAGCUUUAUUAGCAUUCUCAAAAGACAAUAUCAAAUCUGACAUCAAUCUGAAUGAAUUAGGAUUAAAUCUUUGUCAGCAUAUAAUUGGCAUGAACCCAACCAUUUUAGGCCAGAUGACUGAAGAGGAUCUGUUAUCUUUAAAAUCUACACAAAAUAUUCAAGGUGAUUCUUCCAAAACUCAAAAAAAAGAUUCACAAUCAAAUGAUUCUGUGGAGACAUCAGAAGAUAAAGCUGAUGAAGAAGCUGAUAUUCAAUAUGUGUCUAAUAUGAAAGAUUCAAAUGAAACACGUAUGCUGUACCAGCCAUAUUUACUCGAUUCCAGUAUGACUGUUGGUGAAAUUUUAUACAACUCUGGAAUAGAACUGCUACAUUUUGAACGCUAUGAAUGUGGAGAAAGUCAAGCAGAAAAUGUUGAAACAGCAGAAUGCGCUAGUGCUUGACUAUUAUAAAUUGGUUUUUCGUAAGACAAUACAAUCAUGUUAUGAUUCUAUUCACAAUAUUUGAUUGAAAAAAUGUUAUUAAAAUAAGUUGAAAGCAUUAGGUUAUAAAAAUGUUCUAUAAAAUAAAUAUUAGUUUAUACUGAGA